GAGAUCCUAUGGUCACGUACCAACUCUUUUUAGUAUCAUUUUCUUUGAAAAGGAUAUCUUAAUUUAACUUCUUUCCUUUUUUCCCCCUUAGUGGAUAAAAUCCAAUACAAGAGGUCUAUUUAGAAAAGCAUUUGUUUUCAUAUUUGCAUGGUUCACAGAACUUAGUCGGCAAGCACAAACUAGAACCUUGCUCUUUCACUCUCCUCGCCUACACAGAAAUGUUACUGCUUUUGUAUUUGAUUUACCAUUUCAACCUUCCAAGUUGCCAGCCAAGGUCAUGCAUAAGACUAGAAUCAUCGUAGCAACUGGUGUCACAUUUGCGUACCGACUUGUAAAGUAGGGUGUGACAAAGAAAUAUGAGCCAGUGGUGGAACGCUGACACUUUGAAACUCCAAAACGAAGUUUCCCCAACUCUCUCACUUCAAGUUUCUUGCUUCUCACUUUAUCUUUUUGUAUUUUUAAAAGUAGAGUUUUCAAACGAAACAACCACUGACGUGACUUUGUAAUUCUCGGGAAAGCUACUUUCACUGGCUAUUCCCGCGAAAAGUAAUAACUAGGGGAUUUCAGAAGAAAAUUAAGAAGAGAGAGAAAUAGAUAGAUGAAACUACCCAAAAGCGUAGUCACAGAGGAGGUACAGGAAUUGGUGAUGGUGGCACCAGAUUUGAAGAUUUCAAGUUUACUGAAAGUAGUACCACCAGAAGGUAGUAAUGAUAAUGGUGAAGGAGGAGGAGGAGAGGAAUUAUUUGUACCUCCUUUGAAUUUUGCUAUGGUUGAUAAUGGCAUUUUUAGGUCUGGUUUUCCUGAUACCUCUAAUUUUCCCUUCUUGCAAACGCUUGGACUUCGCUCUAUCAUAUAUCUUUGUCCGGAACCAUAUCCAGAAGCGAAUAUGGAAUUUCUUAAAUCUAACAGGAUUCAACUUUUCCAGUUUGGAAUUGAAGGCUGUAAGGAGCCUUUUGUCAACAUCCCUGAAGAUACAAUUCGUGAGGCGCUCAAAGUUCUUGUUGAUGUUAAGAAUCAUCCAGUUCUAAUUCACUGCAAACGAGGAAAGCAUCGAACAGGUUGCCUAGUCGGAUGCUUUCGAAAACUGCAGAGAUGGUGUCUGUCUUCAGUGUUUGAUGAGUACCAGCGUUUUGCCGCCGCAAAAGCUAGAGUAUCAGAUCAGAGGUUCAUGGAGAAGUUUGACGUAUCCAACUUGAAGCACUUGUCACUUCCUUCUCUUGUUCAAAUAGGUCGGUAUCCGCCCAAAAUUUUAAGAACAGUCAAGAAAAUGGAAGGAUCGGAAGCAAUUUUUUAAAGCGUGAAGUGAAGCGUGACUCGGUUUUCAUUUUUAAAAAGCGAAACGUAUGUUGAAUCGUGAAGUGUCGUUUCAUGGUUGAUGUUUGAAGUGUCUAUAAAUAACAUUAGUUGUUCUUAAAUGGGUUUGAAAUGUAAAUUUAAGAAUAUAAUAUUUAUAUAAACUAAAUGUAAGUCCAAUUAAUAUCAAAAAAGCAUCUCUGGCUCAGUGGCUUAGCCGACUAUAA